AUGAGGUCCACCCGCAUACGGCAGAUAGCAAGUGUCCGUCAAUAUCGUCACUAUGCUACUCAAACAUCCCUCAAAGGACCUCUUAUAGGUGUCAAACCGAAAUCAGCCUCCUCUCCUUCUCCUUCUCCUUCUUCAUCAACAUCGGCAUCUACAUCUUUAGCAUCAUCGUCAUUACCGAAACCUCGUCUGGACUAUCACGACCUCCUAUCUGAUCCACAGCGUACCACCCGAAAUGCCCUCCUUCGUAAAUCCCCUUUACAACCCGAUCAUCUAGCUCAUCUCCAACGUCUGCGGUCCACUCAACUCCUCUUACUCCAGAAACUAUCCACUAUCAAAUCGAAGCAGAAAGAAAUUGGUAGUCUCAUCAAGAUUGGUUUAGGCGAUACCGCCGAAUUGAAAGAACAAGCCAAGAAGAUCAAAUCGAAAUUCAAAGAGUAUGAGAUUAACUUGGGUGAAACUGAAAAUGAAUUAUUAGACUUGGCUUUACUCUUACCUAACUUCUCACAUCCCAAUUCACCCCUUGGGUCGGAAGAUAAUGCCAGAACUAUAGAAACGUUUGGUCAAUCCGUUAUAGAAGGCCAGAUAGAGGAAAGAAGGGACCAUGUUGAUUUUUGCAAUCAUUUCGAUUUAUUGGAUAAUCAAGCUUCCUCAAAUACAUCCGGAUCAUCUUGGCCCUAUCUUAAAAGUAUCUUAGCAUUACUUGAACAAUCCCUCAUCAAUUAUUCGUUAUCGAUAGCUGUAAAGAACGGAUUCACUCCGGUGAUUCCACCAGAUGUGAUCAAAGAGGAUAUAGCUUGGAGAUGUGGUUUCCAACCUCGUGAUUCACUUUCCAACCCAUCCACACAAACUUAUCACCUAGCUCAACCUGAUAAUGCCCCUCAACAGCGGUUGUGUCUAGCAGGAACGAGUGAAAUACCUCUAGCUGGGUUAUUCGCUAAUAGGUUAUUCCACGAGGAGGAUUUGCCGAAAAAGGUUGUAGGUGUUGGAAGAGCGUUCAGAGCAGAGGCUGGUGCCAGAGGAUCAGACACUAGAGGAUUGUAUAGGGUACAUCAGUUCACGAAAGUCGAAUUGUUCGCUGUAACUGCUGAGGAUGGGAGUGAGCGGAUGAUGGAGGAGAUCAGAGAGGUGCAGAAGGAGAUUGCACAAGGAUUAGGAUUGAGUGUAAGGGUCCUGGAUAUGCCGACGGAAGAAUUGGGCGCUUCGGCUCAUAGGAAAUACGAUAUGGAAGCUUGGAUGCCUGGGAGAGGUAAAUGGGGAGAGAUAACGUCCACCUCAAAUUGUACAUCCUACCAAUCACGUCGACUAUCCAUUACCUAUCGUCCCUCUCCCACAUCCCCUUCUUCCUCUUCCUCUGGUCCUGGUGGAGAAGGAGAUCUACCGAUUCCACCAUCCGAAAUACAGACUCAGCAUAAUGGACCAUUACCUUUCGCACAUACUUUGAACGGCACCGCUGCUGCUAUACCUAGACUGAUAGUGGCCCUGAUCGAAAAUGGAAUAAGAUUCAAGGAUGAUGAAUAUGAUGGAGUGGAUUUACCGAAAGUGUUGGAGAGGUUUUGGGUUGGUGGAAGAGAGUUUGGGGAGGGGAAGAGAAAAGGAAGUAUCAGAUGGGUAUAA